AUGUCUCUACCGACCACCACCAGCACCUGGGCCGUGCAUGGCACUGGCCCUGGCGCAGGGACAAGUGCGCUGAAGUGGAAAGAAGACCAAGCCUCUAUCAUCGUUAAGCCCAACAGAUGUACUGGUGAAAUUUCAGGCCGCCUGACUGAACUACCGCGAUCUCUCUGUCAAGGCACAUACCCUCGCAAGGUAAAGGAAGGCGUGGUUGCUGGCAGUGAUGGUGCUGGUGAGGUUCUUGCAGUUGGAUCUAGAGUUUCCCGCUUCAAGAAGGGCGAUCAUGUUGUGACGGCUUUCUAUCAAGACUUCUUCAGCGGCCCUGCCCCUACCAAGUCUAUCGCAGACAAGGCUUUGGGGGGCUCAGCUGAUGGCACAUUUCGGCAAUUUGGUGUUUUCGAUGAGCAAGGCUUACUGCACCUCCCACCCAACCUCAAUUUCCAGGAAGGGGCAACUCUUUCGCCGCUCUUACAGUGGACUGGCGGUGUCUCUUUGUUCGCUAUUCAGUUCGCUCUAGCGGCUGGCGCUACGGUCAUUGCUACCACCUCUUCGGAAACCAAGGCACAGAACCUCAGGGAAAUUGGAGCGCAUCACAUCAUCAACUAUCGCGACGAAAGAAACUGGGGAAGAAAAGCGAAACAGCUGUCUCCGCAAGGCCUAGGUUGCCAUCGCAUCAUUGAAGUAGGUGGACACAACACAAUCAAGCAAUCUCUGGAGGCUGUUACACCUGGAGGUCAUGUUGCUAUUAUUGGUUUCCUAACCGGAAUGGACAAAGGUGAAGAUCAUCCCUCCCUCCUCGAGCCGUUCUCUCGCACGUGUGUUGUUCGCGGCAUUGAAAUGGGCAAUCGAGCUCAAUUUGAGGAGAUGAUUCGUGCCAUUGGGGUCAACAACAUCCAUCCUGUGAUUGACCCUGCUGUCUUUUCUUUCCAGGAGUUACCUGCAGCAUUCAAGUACCAAUUUGAACAGAAGCACAUGGGAAAGGUCGUGGUCAAUAUUUCCUAA